GUUGAGUGCCUUCCUUGAAUACAUUAUUUUGAUUGUAAGAGGAAAGUGGGGGGUUUUUUUGUUUGUUUGGUUUUGUUUUCUCUGCUUCUUCCCUCAGUUCUUGUUGCCCGUAGAUUAGUUAACAUCUGCAAAAGACUCGUGCAGAAGGAAAGAACAGAGAAGAAAUAGAGAGACGGAGCAAGGAACUCGUCACAGCCUUCAGUUCUCCAGGUGAAAGGGUGUAUUGGUGAAUAUGGUUUUAAGAGGCAUUCUUGUUUCCUUUGUUCUUUACCUGGCUCUUCCAGGGGCAAUGCUUCCUAUUACUGUGAGGGCUAAAAAGGUAAAUGUUAUUGCUGGCAAGUCUGUCACCCUUCACUGUCUAGAUGGCACUGACAAGAAAAGUGCAUCCACAGUGAUCUGGACACAUAAUGCAAGACUUCUGCUAAAGGAAUUUCGAGGAAGCAUUUAUAAAGGUGAAAGGUGUGACAGAUGCGCACUUAAGAAUGAAGAGUCUUUCUCUCUAGAACUGCCAGAUGCAGAGGCUGGGCAGUAUGCCUGUGAAGUGGAUGGAAAGCGGGAGGUUACUCAUGAUGUUAUAGUGUGGAAAGUUAUUGGAUCUAAAAGUGGAUACCUCCUGCAUGGUGACACAUUAGAGCUGCAUCUGUCUCCUUUCAACAUGGAAGAUGCCCAGAUUGAAUGGUUUGGUCCCCACAAGGCCAAAGUAACAGGGGAAAAACUACGAUGGAAACUGCAAAAGGGUAGCAUACAGAUAACAAACCUUACAGUUCAGGAGGACCAUGGGAUGUGGGAAUGUCACGUCAUUUCUGACAAGCUCGAAAUCCCCUACAAUGUCAAGGUAAUAGGUUUUUUCAAUCCAUUGGAUGAGUUCAGGUUUGCCUCUAUCAACAGCAGCAUAAUCCUUUCAUGUCCUUUGAACAUCAACCUGCAAGAAGAAAAAAAUAAUCCAGAGAUUCCAAGAAUCCAGUUUUGGAAAUGGCUUAAGAAUAAUACUCUUCUGAAGGAGCAGAACAUGGGCAACAUGAAUAGCUCUUUCCCCAUCAAACAAAUACCCCAAGUCCGUUUUGAAGAUGCUGGAGAGUACCAGUGCCAUCUUGGAUUUCAACACAGGAAUUUGAAAAAAAUCAUCACCUUGAUUGUUAUGGAAGGACAGUUCCCAGUGAUCAGAGGAGAGGAGGAACAUUCUCUCCUAAAUCUUGUAGAAACUGUUUCCCUAAUAUAUUUUUUUCCUGCCUUCCCUGCAGUCUCUGCUGUUCAUGAUGAUCUCGGAUCCAAAGAAGAGAAUGUCACCCUGUGUGGUCACAUCAAUCCUUCUGCCCCUCCACUGGCUGAAUUGUGUUGGGUUAAUGUAAAUGAGUCUAUGAGUAAACCCAAGUGUGGCUCUCUUAUUUCAGAGAAUAAAUUCUGUCACAUAGCUACAACUGCAGGGCUCUGGAGGUGUGAUCUCAAAGUGAACAAUGAUGUGAAGAUCAGUAUUGACUAUAUUCUGGGAAAAACCACAAACAAGUGGACUUUAGAGAGUAGAUUCCCAUUGAUCGAAAUAGCCUCAGGAGCUGGUGCAACAUUUCUUCUGUUAAUUCUUGCUGGUGUGUGUGUGCCUACUUGUAGACGUAUUAAGCGUAAGCAGCAACAAGCCAAGAAGAUAGCACAAAUUAAGCAACAUUUGCUUGCCAAGAGGACUUGCCAAUGUCAGAGGGAGCUGGCUAACGAUUACUACCACACCUGAAGGAGAAAAACCACAUGAUUGAAAAAUCACUAGCCAGACCAUAUGCCAACCUUUUGCAAUGCACAGUUAAAUGAAUUCAAAUACUGCUGGGUUGCCUUACCUUUCUCAGGCCUAUCUGAUAUUCAUAAUGCUAUAAUCAUUGGGUAUGUCUAUAUUUUGAAAUUGUGGCGCUUGCAGAAAAUAUUGACCCAAUAGUGUUCACCCUAGUUGCUUCUAAGCUGUCUAAUAGCUGACUGUUCUAUGAACCUAUCUGGACUUCUGCCUUCCAUUGUAACUGUAAAUGAACAAAGAUGUUUUUUUAAAAA